AUGGAGCGCCUGCGUGAGCACAGGGUGGAGCCGGCGCCAUGGGAAGUCACAACCGGGCUCUCCGCCUCCAGGACUCGGAACCUCAGCGUGGAUGUGGCUCGGCACCAAGUUCAGCCGCUUACCCUCCGGGCUUUGUGCUUCCAGACACCCCCCUUCGCUAUCGACCCGCCAGCUAUCGACCCACCAGCUACCGACCCACCAGCCAUCGACCCACCAGCUACCGACCCACCAGCUACCCACCCACCAGCUACCGACCCACCAGCUACCGACCCACCAGCUAUUGACCCACCAGCUACCGACCCACCAGCUACCGACCCACCAGGUAUCGACCCACCAGCUAUCGACCCACCAGCUAUCGACCCACCAGCUAUCAAUCCAUCAGCUAUCGACCCGCCAGCUACCGACCCACCAGCUAUCAGUCCACCAGCUUCCGACCCACCAGCUAUCGACCCACCAGCUACCGACCCACCAGCUAUCGACCCACCAGCUACCGACCCACCAGCUAUCGACCCACCAGCUAUCGACCCGCCAGCUAUCAAUCCAUCAGCUAUCAAUCCAUCAGCUAUCGACCUGCCAGCUACCGACCCACCAGGUAUCAGUCCACCAGCUUCCGACCCACCAGCUAUUGACCCACCAGCUUCCGACCCACCAGCUUCCGACCCACCAGCUUCCGACCCACCAGCUAUCAAUCCACCAGCUACCGAUCCACCAGCUAUCGACCCACCAGCUAUCAAUCCAUCAGCUAUCAAUCCAUCAGCUAUCGACCCGCCAGCUACCGACCCACCAGGUAUCAGUCCACCAGCUUCCGACCCACCAGCUACCGACCCACCAGCUAUCAAUCCACCAGCUAUCAAUCCACCAGCUAUUGACCCACCAGCUACCGACCCACCAGGUAUCGACCCACCAGCUAUGGACCCACCAGGUAGCUUCUAG